GACCUGUUCGGAGCCACUCCGCUCCACAACUCCGCUCCGGGAGCGGGCGGAGCAGCGCCGAACGGUACAACUCCGCGGAGUCGAAAGAGCGGAGCGGAGCGGUUCGCAGUUGAAUUUCACGGAGUCGCUGAAACCGAGCUCCCCACCACGACUCCCUCACUUUCCCCCUCCCCAACCUACCGGUUCGAUCCAAUCUGAGCGAAUCCCAGGGUCCUCCCCCGACCAUGGAACCCUAGCGUUGCGCCGCCGCCGCCGCAGUUCCCCGGCCACCACUGCAACCUCGCCAUCUCCUCGCCCCCCUCGUCAUCCCCGGCCAAAUUCUCACCCCUGCAACCUCGCCAUCUCCUCGCCCCCCUCCUCAUCCAAGGCAGCUUUCUGUUCGGCGAUAACUUUGGGGGCAUACGGGUUGUGUGGACCUCUGGCGGCUGAGAUCACCAGGGCCUCGUCCUCGUCCCCGGCAGCUCGGAUUCGUCGUUUGCAAGGUCGGCACCCACGCCUACGUCACAUACAGCAAGAAUGUCUGCCGAUUGGAGUGACGAUAACACUACGAUCUUGACCGAGCUCUUUGUCCAACAAGUGCGUGCUGGCAAUAGACCAGACAAGCACUUGACUCAAAAUGCUUAUGAGGAAGUUGCGAAGGAUUUUAAAGUCAGAACAGGCCUGGAGUACACCAGGCUCCAACUAAAGAACAAGUGGGAUAAGUUGAAGACUGAUUACAGCAAUUUCAGAAAACUCAAAUUGAAGGAGACUGGUGGUGGGUGGGACUAUGAGAGAAACACCAUCAAACAAGAUGAUGAAUGGUGGAAGAAAGCAAAGAUAGACAUCCCUGGCUGUGGCAAGUUCCGAAAGCGCGGACUUCGAAAUGAGAAUAACUUAUCUAUCAUGUUUGCUGACAUCACAAGUGAUGGUACAGAUCACUGGAAUCCUGCUUCAGGCACCAUUCCCCAAUCUAGCAGUGCAACUUCAGUUUUCAAUGUGGACGACAUACAAGAUGUUGAUCUGGAGGAGACCCAAACAGGUGAGUCACAUGCCGAUGGAAAAGGGAAGAGACUUGGCAGGUAUGUGGAUGGCAAUAACAAGAAGCCAAAGACAUCUCUUGUUAUACAAGAACAGAUAACCAGGGUUGGAGAUAUAGCAGAGAGGACCCAAUCCAGCUUUGAGUCAUACAUGAAGAAAGAAGAGAGUUCAUCGAUUACUUCUGUGAUGGAUCUGGUUGUUGAGUGUGGUGCAAUAGUAGGCAGUGAUGAAUAUUUCAUUGCUAGUGAACUAUUUGUGAAGCGAGAGCAGAGAGAGAUGUUCCUGCAUAUGACUGAAAGUGCUGCUCGUUUAGAUUGGUUGCGUAGGAAAUACAACAGCAAGUAUGGGCAUUAGAUGCUACUGCUGUUGUUUUUGCCUAUUGGGAUGUAAUACUAAUUUAAAGUUUGAACUUAGUUAUGUACUCUGGUUUACUUGUAAGACUAUUUGGGUUGUAACAUUAUUAUGUUAGUCCCAUUCUUCCCUUUUUCAGUUGUUUGUCUUCAUUUACCUUGUUUCAGCCGU